AUUCAAAAAGUUGAUAAAACAAAAACACAAGUACAGUACACAAUAAACUCCAGAUGCUGUAACUGUUGUUUACGAGAGUGCCCAUUGCUUAUUUUUUGUUUCUAAAAUUCUCGACUGAACCAUAAAAUAACAAUAAUGACUUCAGCGCUAUACCUGGAACACUAUUUGGACAGUUUGGAGAACCUUCCUGUUGAAUUACAGCGAAACUUCACUCUGAUGCGAGACCUCGACUCGAGACUCCAAGAACUGAUCCGCAAUAUUGACAAACUGGCCAACGAUUAUAUGUCAAAUGUCAAGAGAUACUCUGUAGAAAAAAAGAAUGAAACUAUGACCAGCAUACAACGUCAGUUUGACAAAGCGAAAGAAUAUAGUGACGAUAAAGUUGAACUGGCAAUACAAACUUAUGAAUUGGUGGAUAAUUAUAUUAGAAAAUUAGAUUCAGAUUUAUCCCAUUUUGAAGCAGAAAUUCAAGACAAAGCUAUCAGCGCUAAGAGAAAUAUAGAGGAAGGUUCACAAAAACGAGGAUGUAAGAAGAAUAAAGUCAAAGAAGUUAAAAAUAAAAGUGCAUCAAGUGAAGAAGAAACCGUUACUAUAACAUCUAAAAAAAAACAAUUGAAAAAAGUAGGAGCAAAAUCGACCAUUGCAGCACCUAGCAAAACACCUUUGGUCAGUGUUGUCACUAAUCCAACAAGCCCUACCAAUAGCGAAGCCAGUGUUACAGUAGAGACUAGUUCUCUUAAUGGUGAAUUGAUCGUUGCCGGAGUUGCUCACUCGACUGAAGUAUUAGACAUGCCUGUUGAUCCAAAUGAACCGACAUACUGUUUAUGCAACCAAGUUUCCUAUGGUGAAAUGAUAGGCUGUGAUAACCCAGACUGUCCUAUAGAAUGGUUCCACUUUGAAUGUGUCCAAUUAAUUACGAAGCCCAAAGGAAAAUGGUUCUGCCCAAAAUGUAUCACAGACAAGAAGAAAAAAUAAUAUAUUUUAAAAAUGAAAUAAGUUUUUUAUUUUAUAAAUACUUAGCACAUUUUAUGUAUUUUUGUCUGUAUGAAUAGUGCAUAAAUACAGUGUAUACAUUUCUUACGGUGGUAUGAACAUACAAUUUUAAUUAUUGUCAUUGAGAAUUGCAUACAAAUUUGAGAAGAAAAUAAA